AUGUGGGCAAACACUAACCGUCCGCCCCAAGAACGGGAUAAUAGAAGAAACCCAUGGCACGAGGAUGAGUAUCUUCGAAAUGGACGAGAACAGACGGAAGAAACACCCGAAAGCUGCCGUAGCAGCGAUGACAACCUAAACGGUCUUCGGCGUGGCGGAACAUGGGGCGAGCGAGACGCCGGAGGCAUUGACACCAGAUUGGCAGCGGAGGACCUCGCUAUCCUGCGAGGAGAAUUGACCACUUUAUCAAAGACACGAUCACACGACGCCCGAUCAGAAAAAUCUCAUGGCUUAUCCCUCAGUAGGAAGAGCACCCGCCAAAGUCAACGCACACACCGUCGAGCUUCAGUCGCUGCGGGAGAUGAAGAAUCAGACGAAGAACCAGGUGACAUUGGCGCUGCAGCCACCGCGAAAGAAGACGACUUCGAGCUCGGCCAGUUCAUGCGCGACGGCCACUUUGAAAAGCGCAAAGACGGCAAAUCUGCAAAAAAAGUCGGCGUCGUGUUCAAAAACCUCACAGUCAAGGGCGUAGGCUCUACAGCCACUUUUGUCAAAACACUCCCUGAAGCGGUUAUGGGAACAUUUGGGCCAGAUUUGUAUCGCAUUGUUUCGAAUUUCGUUCCUGUGCUGAAGCUUGGACGGCAUAAGCAGACGAGGGUGCUGCUUAACGAUUUCAACGGAGUGGUCAAGGAUGGCGAGAUGAUGCUAGUCUUGGGAAGGCCGGGGAGCGGGUGUUCGACGUUUCUGAAAGCGAUUAGUAAUAAUCGUGAGAGCUAUGCUGCAGUUGACGGAGAUGUUUCUUACGGAGGCAUUCCGGCCGGAAAACAGAAGAAGGAAUUCCGGGGAGAGGUCAACUACAACGCCGAGGACGACUCGCACAUGGCUGCACUCACGGUGUGGCAAACCCUCAGGUUCGCGCUUACGAACAAGACGAAGAAGAAUGACAAGAGCGAAAUACCAGUCAUCCUAGAAGCGCUGCUGAAGAUGUUCGGUAUCCAGCACACCAAGCACACGCCAGUUGGUGAUGAGUACGUCAGAGGUGUCAGCGGAGGAGAGAGGAAGCGUGUCUCCAUCGCAGAAACGCUAGCUACUAAGAGCACUGUAGUCUGCUGGGACAACAGCACCCGUGGCCUUGACGCAUCUACAGCUUUAGACUACGCGAAGUCGUUGCGCAUCAUGACAGAUAUGUCGAACCGAACGACUCUCGUCACACUAUACCAAGCAGGCGAGCAGAUCUACGAGGUCAUGGACAAGGUCCUAGUCAUCGAUCAAGGCCGCUGCAUCUACCAAGGCCCAGCAGCAGACGCAAAACAGUACUUCAUUGACCUAGGCUUUCAGUGCCCCGAACGCCAAACCACUGCCGAUUUCCUCACCGCCGUGACCGAUCCAUCUGAGCGUCAAUUCCGCGCUGGUUACGAAGAUCGUGCGCCGAAGACCCCCGCGGAACUCGAGGAGGCGUUCAGGAAGUCCGAAGCGUAUCGACGAGUGUUGAAAGAGAUUGAGCAAUACGAGGAAGACCUAGAGCGAAGUGGAUACAAGGACGCAAAGGAAUUCGAGGGCGCAGUCAGAGAGAGUAAGAGCAAGACUGUGCGAAAGAAGAGUCCAUUCACAGUCUCCUUCAUCCGACAGGUGUUGGCCUGCACUCAGCGAGAGUUUUGGCUGACGUGGGGGGACAAGACGACGCUUUACACCAAGUUCUUCAUCAUCCUCGCCAACGCACUUAUCGUGGGUAGUCUCUUCUAUGGCCAAUCGCUUAAUACGUCUGGUGCUUUUACCAGAGGUGGCUCUGCAUUUUUCUCAAUCUUGUUCCUGGGAUGGCUUCAAUUGAGCGAGUUGAUGAAGGCUGUAUCUGGCCGAGACGUGGUGAAGAGGCAUGAGGAUUACGCAUUUUAUCGACCGAGCGCUGUCAGCCUUGCACGCGUUGUUCAGGACUUCCCGCUUCUCCUCGCACAGGUUAUUCCCUUCUCUAUCAUCAUGUUCUUCAUGACCGGACUUGACAUGGACGUCAGCAAGUUCUUCAUCUACUUUCUCUUCAUUUUUACCAACACCUUUUGCAUCACCGCGCUCUACCGCAUGUUCGCCGCGCUCUCUCCAAGCAUCGAUGACGCCGUGCGCUUUUCCGGUAUGGCACUCAACCUCCUCAUCAUAUAUACUGGCUAUGUGAUUCCUAAAACCCAACUUCUUGGGAAGUACAUCUGGUUCGGAUGGCUCUACUGGGUAAAUCCAAUAGGCUACUCGUUCGAAGCAGUUUUGUCGAAUGAGUUCUCCGAUAGGACCAUGCAAUGCGCUCCCGAGCAGCUUGUUCCGCAGGGACCGGGUGUAGAUCCCGCCUUUCAGGGUUGCAGCUUGACUGGUGCUUCACCGGAUUCGAACACUGUCCCUGGUGCGGAUUACCUCCAGACGACGUUCAACUACUCUAGAUCAAAUCUUUGGCGUAACUUCGGCGUUGUGAUUGCCUUCACGGUUUUGUACCUGUUGGUCACUGUCUUUGCUACCGAAGUCUUCUCUUUUGCCAAAUCGGGCGGAGGCGCUUUGGUGUUCAAGAAGUCCAAACGAACGAAGCAGGCUGUGAGGGAGGAAUCCACGGACGAAGAGAAGGUCGUCGUCGGAGAGUCGAGCGGAAGCUCUGCCGAGGCUGUCGUCAAUGAAGAGGAGGCGCUGGAGUCAAUUUCGAGCAGCGAGAGUGUCUUUACAUGGAAGGAUGUUGAAUAUACGGUGCCAUAUAAUGGAGGCGAGCGCAAGCUUCUAAACAACGUCAAUGGGUAUGCGAAGCCUGGAGUCAUGGUCGCGCUCGUAGGCGCUUCUGGGGCCGGAAAGACGACAUUGCUCAACACGCUGUCGCAGCGACAAAGUAUGGGCGUUGUGUCCGGCGAGAUGCUAGUCGACGGUAAAGAUCUCGGCAAGGCCUUCCAGCGCGGCACAGGAUUCUGCGAGCAGAUGGAUCUCCAUGACGGCACUGCGACGAUCCGCGAAGCUUUGGAGUUCUCCGCCAUCUUGAGACAAGACAAAUCCAUUCCAAGGCAGGAAAAGCUCGAUUACGUCAAACAUAUCAUCGACCUACUGGAGCUCCAGGACAUGCAAGAUGCGCUGGUCUCGAGUUUGGGUGUCGAGCAAAAGAAGCGUUUGACCAUCGGCGUCGAACUCGCUGCGAAACCAUCUUUGCUCCUCUUCCUCGACGAGCCAACAAGCGGUCUUGACAGCAGCUCUGCGUACUCUAUCGUUAGGUUUCUGAAGAAGCUGGCUUCGGCAGGACAGGCCAUUGUCUGUACGAUUCAUCAACCGAGCAGUGUCCUCAUUCAACAAUUCGACAUGAUCCUCGCCUUGAAUCCUGGUGGAAAUACCUUCUACUUCGGCCCCGUCGGCGAAAAUGGUAACGACGUAAUCCAAUACUUUGGCGAGCGCGGCGUACAAUGCCCACCGGACAAGAACGUCGCAGAAUUCAUCCUAGAGACGGCUGCAAAGCCCGCGAAACGCAAGGACGGGAGCAAAAUCAACUGGAACGACGAGUGGCAGAAGUCCUCUAACAACCAGGAGCUACUCGAGGAGAUCGAUCGCAUCAAGGCUGAUCGCAGCAAAGUAGUUGCUGACAAUAAGAGUGGAGGAGGUGCUGAAGUGGAAGAGGAGUUUGCGGCCAGUGUGUGGUUGCAAACCACUAUGCUCACUAAGCGCACUUUUACCCAGUACUGGCGCGACCCUUCUUACCUCUACGGCAAGCUGUUUGUCGCAGUCAUCAUUGGCAUCUUCAACGGCUUCACAUUCUACCAACUCGGCAACUCCAUUGGCGACCUACAGAACCGCAUGUUCACAUCAUUUCUCAUCAUUCUCAUCCCGCCUACCAUCGUGAACGCAGUGUUACCCAAAUUCUACCAAAACAUGGCGCUUUGGCAAGCGCGCGAAUUACCUUCAAGAAUCUAUGGCUGGUUCGCGUUCACAACAGCUCAAGUCGUGGCUGAGAUCCCGAUCGCUAUCGUGAGCUCCGUUCUAUAUUGGCUACUGUGGUACUUUCCCACUGGUCUGCCGACGGAUAGCUCGACGUCUGGCUACGUGUUCCUCAUGACGAUGUUGUUCUUCCUCUUCAUUUCCAGCUGGGGACAGUGGAUCUGUGCGUUUGCACCGUCCUUCACUGUCAUCUCCAACGUUCUGCCGUUCUUCUUCGUCAUGUUCAGCUUGUUCAAUGGAGUGGUGCGGCCGUACCAGAUGAUGCCUGUAUUCUGGCGUUAUUGGAUGUAUUGGGUCAAUCCGAGUACCUACUGGAUCGGCGGCGUCCUGGCUGCUACCUUGCAUGGCAUACCAGUGCAGUGCGAGCAAUCCGAGACUGCAAGCUUCAACGUCCCGCCUGGCCAGACCUGCUCCUCGUACGCUGCGGCUUUCCUCCAACAAGCUCCUGGUUAUCUGCUCAAUCCUGACGCUACUGCUGGCUGCCAGUAUUGCCCGUACUCCGUCGGCGACGACUAUCUCAAGACUUUGAAUAUUCAUGCAGAUCAAAAGUGGCGCAACUUCGGCAUCUUCCUGGCGUUCUGCUGCAGUAACUGGGCGCUCGUGUACUUUUUCAUCUGGAGUGUGAGGAUCAAAGGGUGGAGCUUUGGAUUCGGGAAGCUCUUUGGUGCGUUGGGUGGAGCAGUCGACAAGGUUAAGGGAGUUGUGGGCGGGAAGAAGAAGAAGCAGCAGCAGCAGACGCAUGGUAAGGGAGAGGCUUAG